UCCCAUUUUGUUCUCCGAUCAAAUACAUUAUCCACACCUAUUAUUUUGAUAAACACACAAAUGAGGAUUUCGCUGGCUUUAUAUUGGUCAUUUAUUAUGUUCCUUUUGUUUUUCUCUCUGCCUUUACCAGUUUCAUCUGAAAAUCAAGAAAGUAAAGCCCAAACGAUGACGACCUCUUGGAAGCGAAGUCUUGCACAGCACGGCUACUCUCUUCGUGUUUUCAUUAGGAAACGUGGUGGUGGUGGUGGUAGGGGUCGUAGUAGGGGCCGUCAUGUCCCUACUGGCGGUGGUGGUUCGUCGACUACCACUCGACCUUCUCUUUCCAUCACAUUCGGUUUAGGUUCCACUGUCGCGAGCUUGAUGUUGUUGAUGUUCUUCGCCUUCUAGUUACAUAUUUGUGAGCUUCAAGCCUUGUGAAGCUUUUUAUAAAUUGUAAUGGUGUGUUAUUUUUUUUUCAAAUCAUGUGAGCUGAUCAAUAUUGUAAAAUCAGGAAACACACAAAAUUCAUUGUGGCUUGUAUAUGAAAUUGUUAAUUUUAAUCGAAAGCAAACA